AUGCCUCGGGCCCCUCUUUCUGACCACCAUUGUAUCGUCUAAACGAUUUCGGUACACGCCCACUGCUACGAGCCUCUCUUUCACCUAAUCUUCUGUGGCUGUUCUUCUAGUUGGAACCGUUCUGUAUUCAUCAUACUGAAUCUUUCCUCUUCUUCAGUCAUUUCGUUUCUGGGUUCCAUUGGUUCCGCCUUCCUCAGGUUACGUAGACUCUUGACUUUCAUUUCCCCACUAAGAAGAAGGGACGAAAACCAGAAAGAUAGAAUUCUAAAAGGGGGAAAAUGGCGGAAAUUGUUCUGUCCAUAGCUGCCAAAGUGGCAGAGUACCUGGUGGCUCCGGCAGGUCAUCACUGCGGCUACCUGAUAUUCUCCAACAGCUACGCAGGUCAACUUAAGGAAGAACUUGAGAACCUGGAAAACUCGAGGCAAAGGGUGCAGCAUUCCAUCGAUGAAGCUUUAAACAACAUGAAGCUGAUCGAACCCGACGUCAAGAAAUGGGUGACAGCCGUAGAGACCAUCGCCAGCAAGGCACGCAUUGCUCCGGAACACGAUGGAAGAGUCAAGAAAACUUGUUUCUGCAGGUGGCUUCCCAACCCAAAGGAGCGUUAUUGUCUGGGCAGGGAUGCGAGAAAGACAGUCUCGGCCAUCCAGGAACUCAUUCAGCAGGGUAAAUUCGAGAGGGUCUACUACGAGAGGGAUCCGUCGGGGCUUGUUGGUGGCGCUCCCGACGUGAAUUUGUUGGCCGGUGAUGGGGACGACUCUGUCACGGAUUCUCGAGCUUCCAUCUUUCAGGGCAUAAUGAAAGCUCUGGAUGAUGAGAAGCUGAAAGUGAUUGGGGUCUAUGGGCCUGGUGGCGUGGGGAAGACUACGCUGUUGGAGGAAGUCGAGAAGAAACUCAGGAAGGAGGGGAGACCGUUCCAGAUGAUCGUCAAUGUGAAAGUCUCGCGGACUCCGGACUUGAAUAAUAUCCAAGGCCAGGUCGCUGACGCCUUGAAACUGGAUCUGAAGGACAAGCAAAGCCAACAGGGAAGAAGAGAUCUUCUGUUUCAGAGAUUGCAGAGGGAUCCAAAUGAGAAGGUUCUCAUAAUAUUGGACGAUCUGUGGGACAAACUUGACCUGGACGCGGUCGGAAUUCCUUCGGGAGAUGUGAGCAGCAAAUGCAAGUUGUUGCUCACAUCGAGAAUUAAAAAUGUGUUGACGCAACAGAUGUGUGCCGAUCCAACAUUUCAUCUUAAAGGUUUAGAGGACGAAGAAGCAGUCAGGCUAUUUGAAAAGACAGUUGGCGACAGGGUCAAAGACGAAGAGGAGUUGAAAUCAAUAGCGGCUCAAGUGGCGACGAAGCUCGCAGGUUUGCCUCUUCUGAUUAUCUCAGUCGCAACGGCCUUGAAAAAUAGCAAUGUGGGUGCAUGGAGAAAUGCCUUGGUAAAAAUAGAUGUGAAAAAAAUGGAAACCAUAGUGCAGUUGAGUUAUGACCAUUUGCAGAUUGAGGAGGCUAGGUCCUUAUACUUGCUCUGCGGUCUUAUCGGCGGGACCAUUUCAGUUGAAACUCUGCUCAUACUAGGCAUGGGUUUGGGCUUGUUUGAGGAAUUCAGAAGGACGAUGCAAGAUUCGAGGGAUAGAUUGGAUACUAUGCUCAGUGAACUCCGUUCCGCUUGUUUGUUGCUGGAAGGUGGUGACGACAAGGAAAAUGUGACCAUACAUGAUCUCUACAGCGAGGUAGUUGUCUCAACUCCAUUUAGAGAUCAAAAUUCCUUAAUUAUCCAUGACAAUUGUGGCACAUGGCCAAAGGGAAAGCUUGAUGAAUGUCGGGCAUGCCUAGUUAAUGAUGGCAAUGAUAGGCUUGUUGAGCUAAUGCCGCGUCGGUUCCCCCACGCGAAGAUGCUCAUGUUGUCGGGACAACACGAUAUGGGAGAUUGCAGCAAAAAGUAUUUCAAAGACAUGAAGGAGCUCCGAGCCCUGUGUCUUUGCUCCAGGUCUAUCACCAGUUUACCUUCCCCGACAGAAAACCUCGGAAACCUCCAGUCGUUAAUCAUAAAUUGUCAUUUGAAGGAUGUGGCAAUUCUUGGCAACCUUAUGGCAUUGCAGAUUCUUAGCUUCGCAGGGUAUACAAUUUCUAGGCUACCUAAAAAAAUUGGGGAAUUGACGAAUUUGAGAUCGCUAAAUAUAGGCCGCACCAAUGGGCUUAUAAUUGAGCCUGGUGUCCUAGAAGGCUUAAUCAACUUAGAAGAGUUAAAUAUGAAAGGAAGAUAUCAUCAAUGGAUGAAGGAGGAUGAUAUAUCGUCGUCAUUGUCUGGUGCUAGGCUUGCCGAGUUGAAGAGCUUGACAAAGCUAACCUCUUUGGAAAUAUCCAUAAGUCGUUGCCCCCACCUCUUGGAGGAUGAUGACCUGCCAGUUAGGAAUCUGAUCAGAUUUUUUAUCAAUAUAGGAGAUGCUGGCGGGAGGGGAUUCAAAGGUUUGAGUACCAUAAAGCUCGAUUUGCGUGAGUGGGGUAAUGUUCUUUCAAGAGAAUGGAUUCAGGUAAUUCUGCAGAAAACCCAAUACUUGUAUUUGUCCUGGUUGAGUGAGUUCAGGGAGAGCGCUCACGAAUUGUGCACCCGAGGAUUUCGAGAACUGAAGCAUCUCGACAUUGAAGACAGCUCCUCAAUCAAGUACAUUGCCAAUUCAUCCAAUGACCUCCGUCUCACUGCUUUUACGAAGUUAGAGUCUUUGUUCCUGAAAAAUCUCAUUAAUUUGGAGAAGAUAUGCCAUGGCACUAUCGCACCAGAGUGCUUCGGCAAAUUGAAAGCUGUGAGUAUCAAAAACUGCGACCGAUUGAAAUACCUGUGGCGUCUUUCAGAGAUCCGAGGACUAGCACAGUUGGAAGAGAUUGAAGUGUGGGGAUGCGAAUCCAUGCGAGCCCUUAUCAGAGAUGAUACAGGAGAAGGUAUAGCUGAUGCCGACCGCAUAGCUGAAUUGCCUAAUGUGCGCCGUCUGAAAUUGGGUUGGUUACCAAAUAUGACGAGCUUUUGCACCGAAACUGAAACCCCAUCAGAGGGUACUCCAAUUCAGGUUUCAUUCCCUCGCUUGGAAUCCUUGGAGAUGGUUGGACUCCUCGACGUCGAAAAGAUACUCUACAGUCAGUCUCCAUUAGAGUACGUCAAUCUGGAAUCCAUAGAGAUAAGGAAGUCUCAAUCCACAUCGAGUAUUCUAAAAUCAGAAUUGAUACUGAAGCUGCCGAAUUUGAAGUCAAUGAAAAUUAAGAGCUCCCAAUCAAUCAAAGUAGUUUUUGACCUGGAGGAACUAACUGUCGCGGGGCAUGUCGAGAUUCUCUCUCAGCUAGAGAUGCUGACAUUACGGACGUUACCGAACGUGCAUCGCAUGUGGAAACACGAUGUCAAAUUACAAGGAAUUUCGGUAUUUCGAAACCUGGAGAAACUCGAGGUCAGCGAUACAGGGCUGGCAUUUCUCUUUCCUUUGUCUGUGGCUAAAUGUCUGAGAGUAAUUAGAGACAUUCGAGUGGACGAUUGUCCAAAUAUGAAGGCUGUGAUUAUGGAUGAAGAAGGAAGAGAUGAAGGGAGAGAUGAUAUUAUAGAAUUGCCACUAUUGGAACGACUAUGUAUAAGAAGCUGUCCCACAGAGAAAUUCUUCUCAUAUCCUCACGGAAAGAAAGAGUCAAUAGCCACUACUUCAGAUUCACAGGAUGCUUGUUCUGAUUCCUUCUUCGAUCGAAAGGUUAGUUUACCAAGCUUGAAGGAGUUAGAGCUUGUGUAUGUACGAUCCUUUAAGAGGAUAUGGAACGAUGAACUUCCGACAAGUUCCUUUUGCGAAUUAGCCACACUCGCCCUUGGAAGUUGCUACGACCUACUCCACGUCUUCCCUUCGACAAUUAUAGGGAGAUUGCACAACUUGAAAAGGGUCAAAGUUUCAAGUUGUCCCAAUCUGGAAUCGUUGUUUGAUUGUGGAUCCCUUGAUUCAAAUACAGAACAAACAAGGGUAUUGCUCCCCCGCUUGGCGAGCAUCUUCGUUUUUUACUGUCAUUCCCUGAAAUUGUUGUUUGAUUGCGGGUCCCUUGAUUCAAAUACGGAACUAUUGCUUCCCAAAUUGGAAGAAGUGAGGGUGAUGCUUGCAGAAAGGCUGAGGCACAUGCUUGCACGGACCUAA